CCUCUUUCUAAAUGAGUUGUGCAUCUAAGAUGUCCACGCUACAGCAGGCUCUCUGAAUAGGCGAGGUCAUCAACACUUAAAGAGAUUCCUGAUCCACCUUUCAACUGAUCUACAACCCAUAUGAUUGGUUAGAAGAUAUUUUCAGAAUAAAAUUCAAACAGACCAAACCAUUGAAGACCCUGGUGAAAGAUCUGUAAAAGUCUGUCACUCUGGAAAUCUACACAACAUGGAGAGACUAACUUAUCAGCUGUUGUCACUUGCAGUUCUUUUUGCUGCUGUUGAUCUCAUCUGUUGUUACAGCUUUAAGAACUGCAUCGAAGACCAGUAUUCCUAUGGAAAAACUUACAAAUGCAUCCAUCGAAAUGACAAAAACGUGUCGUCCUAUGUUGAUGAUCUGCCGUCGUCUUCCGUCAACCUCACCAUCAGUAUAACUCCUCUGUGGCUCAUUCCUGACAAGAGCUUUGCUCAUCUGCCAAGCCUUCAGAACCUCAGACUGGAUUAUAACAAGUUGAGCAUUAUAAAUCAGUCUGCUUUCCAAAACUUGACUCUUCUUAAGACUCUCAAUUUGUCCUCCAAUUUAAUAUCAGAGCUCCACCCUGCUGUGUUUAAGGACCUACACAAUCUCACCAUUCUCUUACUAACAAAUAAUACAUUAAAGCACCUCCCUGAGGGCCUUUUCUCCACUCUUCCCAAUCUAGACACUUUAAACAUAAGGCAAAACUUUCUGAAAGAUUUCUCCACAAUUGCAGAGUCUGUGUCAAAUCUAACACGUCUGAAGUGUUUAGAUCUUUGCAACAACAAUUUGACCUCACUCAACCACUCAAACGUGUCCCUGCCCAAAUCUCUCACUAUUUUAUAUUUAUGUAGAAAUAAUCUGUCUACAUUAGGGUGUGAACAGUCAUUUCUGGGGUUCAUCCAGCUUCUAGAUUUUUCAUACAAUCCUGGGCUUCCUACGAUGGCUUUUCAAGGAGUGGAUUUGAGUCAUAUAAACUAUCUGCGUUUGCGUUCAACAAAUGUCAAGGUGGUGGAGUUUCUAAACAUCAGCAAUGUCAAUGCUGGUCACGUUGAUUUCUCAGGCACCCAUCUGAAAAAUGACAGCCUGCUGAUUGAGCUCUGCAGAUUGUUAAAGAGAAAGAGAAAGGUGAAAUGGAUUAAAAAUAUGAACCUGGAAAGUAAUGGGAUUGAGAAUGUAACAAAUAAAACCCUAAGCUCUUGCCCAAAUAUCAGAGGGGCAUUGGAUCUAUCACGAAACGAACUGAAAACCACAAGUUGUCUCAACUUUCUUAACGGACACACACAGUUGAAUAGGUUCACUGCAGAGUAUAACCGUUUAACUUCCCUCCCUUCCUGUAAGACACCAAAUAUGGUUAUUUUCCCAAAUGUGAAAACCAUUAGCUACCGUUACAACCGCAUCCUAUCAGUCAACUCUCAUGCCUUCUAUAACACACCAGAUCUCAAGACGCUAAAACUGAACAUAAAUAAAAUUGCAUAUCUCAAUAUUACAGCUCUCAAAGGGCUAAAGAGCCUUGAGAUACUUCGUCUGGACAAUAAUCUCUUAACUGAGUUGUUUAGUGACUCAUUUGCGGAUCAGAUCGAGCUGAAAACCCUCAACCUGCGUAACAAUCGCAUCGCUGCUAUUUUUGAAAGGACCUUCCACAGUCUCAAGAAACUCAAUAUACUUGACCUAGGAGGUAAUAAGAUCACUCAUUUUGCGUCAUCAGGCCUUGAUGGACUGGAGAGUUUGUCCAAAUUCUAUCUAGAUGGUAACAACCUUAAAACAAUCGACACUUCCCUCUGUCGUGUUUUUCAAGACACACUAACAGUGCUAGAUUUACAAAGUAAUCAGAUACGCUUCCUCACAGAACAUACGAGUUCACCAUUUAUGAAUCUAAGUAAACUCAAUGAUCUGAAACUGGACGGGCAGCGUCCUUAUGGCCUCACAAUUUUACCCAGGAAUUUUUUCCGUGGCCUAAACUCACUGCAAUCUCUGUAUCUCACCAACAAUAAAAUCUACAGCUCCCCCCGAUGUCUUCAUGAUCUGAAAAGUUUGAAAUUCCUCACAUUGGAUAACUGCUGUGUCGGGGUGACACAGCUACAGCCAGGAAUCUUUAAAAAUCAAAAGAAAUUGUCCAAAUUGAUUGUAGAAAAUAUGGUUAUUCAGAACUUCUCAAGAGAGGUUUUUGGGGAUCUGACACAACUGCAGACGCUGCAGCUAAACCGAAAUGGGAUGCAGAGCAUUCCUGUUGAUGCACUAGAAAGUUUACCUAAACUGCGAUACCUUGACAUGAGAACCAUUCCCUUAACCUGUACCUGCACAAACACCUUGUUGCAAAACUGGACAUUGAAUAACACAAAUGUCCAGGUUGUCUAUCUCUACAAUAUGCCAUGCCCAAACAAUCGAAAACACAAUUUCUACAACUUUGACACCAAAGUUUGUUACAUAGAUCUUGGAGAGUACCUGUUCUUAAGCACAGCAGUUUUGGUUUUUCUGUUAACAUUCACUCCAUUACUCUAUGUCAAACUUUACUGGAAAAUGAAGUACAGCUACUACGUGUUCAGAUCCUGGUUCAACGAGCAGUGGCGCAGAAUCAGAGAUAAGGAGGAAAAUUGCAAAUAUGAUGCAUUUAUUUCCUAUAAUUCUUCUGAUGAACAAUGGGUCAUGGACCAGUUGCUGCCUAACUUGGAGGGAAAUGGAUCAUCUUUCAAACUUUGCCUACAUCACAGGGACUUUGAGCUGGGCCGGGACAUUGUGGACAAUAUAGUCACUGCUGUAUACGGCAGCCGCAAAACUAUUUGUGUGGUGAGCAGGAAUUUCCUCAGCAGUGAGUGGUGUUCUCUAGAAAUCCAACUGGCCAGCUACCGACUCUUCGACGAGCACCGGGAUGUUCUCCUGCUUGUGUUUCUGGAGCCGAUCUCUGAGAGGCAGCUGUCCUCCUACCACCGCAUGAGGAAGAUCAUGUUGAAAAAGACUUAUCUACAAUGGCCUGGCUCAAACUGCACUGACCCCACACAGGCCCAAGAGCUGUUUUGGAAUCAGCUUCGUAAAGCGAUUGGAACAGGAAGCAGAGUCGAAACGAAAGAAAAUGAGGAGAGAAAAGGUGGUGUUAAUCUUGAAAGUAAAGAAACGGAAGGUUUUGAGACUCACAAUUCAGAUGAAAAUUAUUAUUUGCUACCCUAAACCAUUGUUUAAUCUGUGAUUGUUAAGACAAACCUCUCAGUAUAGUCCAUCAAAUAAUUGAUGAUUUUCUGCCAAAAGGAGAAGGUAACGGAAACAUGGUGUCAAUGUGUAGUGCUCUGUAAUGUGAGACACAUACCAUACUUUACUCAAGAAUUGUUGAUGUUACACAAUUGUAACAAUGUGUUUUCCUACAUUUAACUGAAGCCCACAUAUACAACAAAAAAAACAUCAAAUCAGAACAGUCUUUGCUAAAAAUCUCAUUCUGUAAGUAAUUUCCCAUUAUGGCACCUGUGUUAUCAAUCAUGUGAUUUAUAGUUUUGAAUAUUAAAAAACUACAAUGAUGUAAACAAUA